AUGAAUACAUUCUCAUUCUAUAUUUUUUUUAUCAUAACUUUUCUUACUUUUACUGCUUAUUAUGGAAAUGGGCAUAUAAUUGAUAAUAAUCAUUUGAAUAAUGGUGAAAUACCAACUGAUUACAAUGAUGUACCACGAUACAUGUCUGGAAAGAAUCAUUAUAAAAGAGAAAGACCAUUACAAAUGAGUGGAUUUGGUUGGGAUGAAUGUGAAUUUUCUCCAUUAAGCUGUUUAUUAAGAAAACGAAGUUAUUCAAAAUGA